CUGUUUUCUUGUUUUUUUUUUUUUUAAAGAGUAGUCAUAUAGUCAUACAACAACGAGGCUGUAUGACCAUGUCGCCUGUGCGUUGGUUUAAAGCCUAGGUAGUUCCCUCAUUAGCUUUUGUUUUGUGUUUGUUUGCUGCUGUUGUUUUAUUUUCUUUCACUGUGCUGGACAUCGAACCCAGGGCUCUGCUUAUGCUAGGGAAAUGUUCUGCCUCUGAGCUACAGCCAUGGCUUUCAGUGAUCAUUUUGAUGUGUGAGUGGAUCUACCUAAGUUUGGUUUAGUAAAUGGUUUAUUUUAGUAGAAAAACAGCAACAAAAGCACUGCUGUCCCCACCCCUUUUCUAUUUUUAGAGGCAGAAUAAGGAUAGGAAUGAAAACCAAAAGAUGGAUGGAACACCUGACAGUGAGAAAGAGUGCCUGCCAGGUGGCUGGGGCUUGGUAGAGCACUCGCCUAGCAUAUACAAGGUUCUGGAUUACAUUCAUAAUACUACAAAAACAAAACAAAACCCACGGGGCUUGGGACUUGCUAGAUUCCCAUUUCCAACCUAAAAUGUUUAAGUGUAUUCUUCUAUUCAUAUGUGCUCAGACUUGAGGAACCCAGUCCACACAAAAAGAAACAGGAAACUGAUGUAUGCAUUAGAAUGUACACAUUAGAAUGCCAGUUUAUGUUGGAAUAGAAGGUGACUCUUCCUGGUGAUCAGAAUUUUCAGAUUGAAAACUCCAGCAUACUCUUCAUGUAUCUAAGAACUUAGGAAGCCAAGUUACUAACCAGACUAAGAUGGACCACACAUCCCCGACCUACAUGCUUGCUAACUUAACCCACUUACAUUCAGAACAACUUCUGCAGGGCUUGAAUCUCCUUCGCCAGCAUCACGAACUCUGUGACAUCAUUCUUCGAGUAGGUGAUGUUAAAAUCCAUGCUCAUAAAGUGGUACUUGCCAGCAUCAGCCCGUACUUCAAAGCUAUGUUCACUGGGAACCUUUCUGAGAAGGAGAACAAUGAGGUUGAGUUUCAGAGCAUUGAUGAAGCUGCCCUGCAGGCCAUUGUGGAGUAUGCCUAUACUGGGACAGUCUUCAUUUCUCAGGAUACAGUGGAGUCUCUCCUGCCCGCAGCAAACCUACUGCAGAUAAAACUUGUCCUGAAAGAAUGCUGUGCAUUUCUUGAGAGCCAGCUUGACCCUGGGAACUGUAUUGGAAUUUCCCGUUUUGCAGAGACAUAUGGCUGUCAUGACCUUUAUUUGGCGGCUACUAAAUACAUAUGCCAGAAUUUUGAAUCUGUUUGCCAGACAGAAGAGUUUUUUGAGCUUACGUAUGCUGAUUUGGAUGAAAUUGUCUCCAAUGACUGCUUGAAUGUCGCUACUGAAGAGACAGUUUUUUAUGCAUUAGAGUCUUGGAUCAAGUAUGAUGUGCAAGAACGCCAGAAAUACUUAGCACAGCUGCUGAACAGCGUUCGAUUACCAUUGCUGAGUGUUAAGUUCCUCACUAGGCUCUAUGAAGCAAAUCACCUUAUCCGUGAUGAUCGUACGUGUAAACAUCUGUUGAACGAAGCCCUAAAGUACCACUUCAUGCCUGAACAUAGACUCUCUCAUCAGACAGUCUUGAUGACGCGACCUCGCUGUGCUCCCAAAGUGUUGUGUGCAGUAGGAGGAAAAUCAGGACUCUUUGCCUGUUUGGAUAGUGUGGAGAUGUACUUUCCCCAGAAUGACUCUUGGAUUGGUCUGGCGCCCCUAAAUAUUCCUCGCUAUGAAUUUGGAAUAUGUGUUUUAGAUCAAAAAGUUUAUGUUAUAGGUGGUAUUGAAACUAGUGUGAGUCCUGGUGUCACCGUGAGAAAACAUGAAAAUUCAGUGGAGUGUUGGGACCCUGAUACAAAUACCUGGACUUCUCUAGAGAGAAUGAACGAGAGCAGAAGUACCCUUGGAGUAGUAGUCCUUGCUGGAGAACUUUAUGCUUUAGGUGGAUAUGAUGGACAGUCUUACUUGCAAUCUGUAGAGAAGUAUAUCCCCAAAAUAAGACAAUGGCAACCUGUGGCCCCAAUGACAACCACAAGAAGUUGUUUUGCUGCAGCUGUUCUGGAUGGAAUGAUUUACGCCAUUGGAGGGUAUGGCCCCGCUCACAUGAACAGUGUGGAGCGCUACGACCCAAGUAAAGACUCCUGGGAGAUGGUUGCGUCCAUGGCCGAUAAAAGGAUUCACUUUGGCGUCGGAGUUAUGCUAGGCUUUAUUUUUGUGGUAGGUGGGCACAAUGGUGUCUCCCAUUUGUCGAGCAUCGAAAGAUAUGACCCGCAUCAAAAUCAGUGGACAGUGUGCAGACCAAUGAAAGAGCCCAGGACAGGAGUUGGUUCUCUGCUACCUUGUUUUGAGGGAGAGUCGCUUUUAAAAUUCCUGCUGCUGUGCCUCAUGCUGACCUGUAAUCUUCCCGCCAUCUCUCCUGACUCCAUCUGCCCCCACAAUAAGCUCAAGUUUACAGUAUCUUUAUUACAUGCUGACUUUCUUUCCUUUGGGUGUGUUCCAAGAAAUGGGAUUGCUGGAUGCUACAGUAGUUCUGUUUUUGGUAUUGUGGGGAAUUCCAUACAGAUUUCAGUCAUAGACAAUGAUUUACACUUUCACCAAUGGUCUAUCAGUUCCUUUUCCAUGUGUUCUCUCUAACGUGUUGUUUUCUUGAAUAUUAGCCAUUCUCACUGGGGUAAGGUGGAGUCUCAUGACAUUUCUGGUCUGCAUUAUUUUAUAGCUAAGGACAGUUGAACAGUUUUUCAUGUAUUUCUGAUUUGUACUUUUGAGAGUUCUCUGUUGAGUUUGUUUGCUCAUUUAUUAAUUGAAGUAUUUGGAUUUUUGUCUGAUUUGAGUCAUUUAUGUAUUCUGAAUAUUAGCUCCUUAUUAGAUAAAUACCUAGCCUGGAUUGUCUUCUGCUUGUAGGCUGCUGUUUCACUCUGGUAGGAGUUCCCUUUGCUGUCCAGUCCUAUUUUCAUUUGCUGUUUGUUGAACUGUUACAGUCCUGUUCAGAGAGUUACUAUCUAAUGCCUCUCUGACUUGAGCCAUUUUCUAUUUAUUUUCUUCUUGCAGCUUCAAAUUUUCAGAUCAUACAUUAAGGCUUUUGAUCUAUUUUGAAUGGAUUUGCAUACAGGGUGAGAGACUGGCAGCUAGUGUUAUUCUUCUACAUGCAGAUUUCGGAUUGUCCCAGCACCACUGUUAAAGAGGCUGUCUGUUUCCAGUGUAUAUUUUUGGCUCCGUUGUCAAGGUGGCUACAGCUGUGAGGAUUGAUUUCUAGGUCCUGUAUUCUAUCCCAUUGACCUACAUGUGGUUUUUUUGUCUUUGCCAAACAAUAUAUUUUUAUUUGGGAAUCGAGACCAUUCCUAUUUAGAGUUAUCAUUAAAAGGUGUAUAUUAAUUUCUGUCAUUCGGUAGUUAUGUGGUGUUUUCUCCGCUCUCUUUGGACUUCGUGUCCUGGUGUUAUUUGUUCCCUGUGAUCUCUUGAGUGUGCUUAUCCUGUCGUCAGAUUGAAGUAUUCCUUCUAGUGUUGUCUAUAAUGUGUCAUGGAGAAUUGAUUUUCUGAUCUUGUCUACUCAGUGUUCCAGAGAUCUCUUUUAUCUGGAUAGGCAUUUCUCUCAUAAGUUGUAAAUUUUCUUCUGUGAUUUAUUGUACUGAAGAUACUUUCUAUGCCUUCAAUCUGAUUUUCUUCUCUUUCUGUCCUCUUUGGGUUCCUUAAACAUAUUUAUAAUUUCUGUUUUGAAAUCAUUGUCUUGUGUAUCAACUAAGUCUCUCUUUCCAGGGAACAUUACAAUUAGGGGUGCUAAUUUAUAGGCAUGUUGUCUUCAUUAUUCAUGAUGUUUAUGGGGCCUAGGCACCUGGAGUUUGGUCAUUACUGGUGGGGUUUUGGGGGGUUUGUUUUUGUUUUUUGCUAUGGAUAUCUGGUCUCACCUAUACAUAUGCAUACAGCACAUAUACACAGAAAAAAUAAUAGAGAGUGCAAAGUAAAUAGAGACAGCAGUCCAGAAAAGAGAGAGAGACACAGAGAAGAAAGGGAGGGAGGGAAAGAGGGAAGCUAUCAGUACCUCUUUCUUCAGAGAAGCACUCACACACUGCACACCAUAUAUAUAUACCACACACCACAUACACCAUACAUACCACACACAAAGCAAUACAUA